AAACGUCAAUAAAAGAGUUUUAUGACUUUGGUAGUCGAAACUCGAAGCUCGCAGCCAGUGUUCAGGCUGUGAUUCAAGAAUAAGGUGUUGUAGCCUGUAGGUAUCAAUAAAUCAAUAAGCGAACAUUUCGAUAGGACUCCUUUUAUUGAAAAAUAUAAUACAAUUUUAUGAACCUAUUUAUUUAUAAAACAUGAAUCGUGAAAAACGAGAUCCCGAUUACCCUGUAGAAUUAGAAACUCAAUUCAUUAUGAGAAUGCCAGAAACGCCCGGAAAGGCUUUGAGUGAAUUAAUUAAAUCAGGAGAAAAUUUUAAGAAUAGACUUACGAUUCAAAUAGAAAACGAUAUGCGACAUGGAGAAGUAAGAUUUGACCAAUGGGUGCUACAUGCUAAAAUUGUCGAUUUACCUACCAUAGUAGAGUCCUGGAAGACCAUUGACAGGAAAAGUUUAUAUAAAACUGCUGACCUCUGCCAAUUGAUGAUAUGUAAAGAAGAAGCAGAUUCUUGCACUGAAGAAGAAUCACCAACCAAAAAUAAAAAGAAAGAUCCCUUGAAAGUAGACAAGAAAUUUCUUUGGGCUCAUGGAAUUACUCCACCAACUAAAAAUGUUCGAAAAAGGCGCUUCAGGAAAACACUAAGAAAGAAAUGUACAGAAGGACCUGAGAUAGAAAAAGAGGUUAAAAGACUAUUAAGAGCUGAUAAUGAAGCUGUUAGUUUCACUUGGGAAGUAAUAAAAGAGGAAGAUGAAACUCCUAAAGUCUCUAAAAACGAGGCUACAUUGCCUAAAGUGGAGAAAGGCAAGAGCAAGAAAGAUACUACACACACCACUCCCAAAACUAAUCAGCCAUCUAAAGUUGAAGAUAUUUUUGGUGAUGCUUUAAGUGACAGUGAUGUUGAAGAAGAAAAUAUCAGUGUUGAUGUAGAAGAUAGCAGGUUGUCAUUCUAUGAAGAACCCUUGUCCGAAAACAAUUCUAUAAAUGCCGGAGACAUUUCUAAGGGAUCUAGUUUUGCUACACAAUUUAAAUCUGAAAUGUUUGAAUCUCCACCAAAGAUGUCAUCAGCUAACAGGAAUCAGUCAACUAAGUAUGAUAGCAAGCAAAGUGGAGAGCAAUCUUCAAGCAGUUAUCCCAACACUUCUUCCAGUUUCAAAAUGCAAGAGCUUUUUACUGAACUAGAAGAACUCAAACAGAGAAGGCAAAGGACACAACUAGAAAUAGCUGGUAUGGAGAAUAUGACAUUAAGGCAACGGUUCCAAGAUAUCCUGAAAACCCUUAACAAGGAGAUAAUUACUAAAGAAGUUGAAUACAACAGAUUAAAAUCUCAUUUAAAAUAAUUUCUACAUUUAAUUAUAAUUAUUUAAUUACUAUUUUAAUAGUUACCAUUACAAUGUUAUUAUAUAUUCCUUAAUAUUCCAGAUGCCAAAAUAAAAUGUAACAUUAGUAGUUGAUUAAAUGUAUUUAAAUGA